AUGACCCAAUCCAACCAAACGAAAUAUUACAUUUCACCCCUGCACUCUGAUGAGAGUGAUUUUGAUGAUUCCGACUGUGACCCUCAUUUUAUUCCUGGUUCAACCAGUAAAGCUCCGAGUUUACUUCGAAGUGGUGCAACAAAAUCGUCAUGUAGUUCUUCGUCAAGUAGCUCUUCAUCAAGUGGCUCAGAUCAGGAAGCUGAGAAUGCCUUAAAUCCCGUUGCAUCAACUAGUAGAUCAACAAUACAAACGGCUACAGAGUCAAAUGUUCCCUCAGAAGUGCAGGACACAGAAAAGGAAAAAAAGGAGCAGUGGGGUAACAAUUUUAGUGUGAACGCGGAUAGAAACCAAGUAAAAUGGCACGACAUUAAGAUAAACUCGGUUAUAAUGAAGCUCUAUAUAUUUUUGUCCUGUAUCGUGGUCAUACACGGAGCAGCAAUAAGCGAUGAAAAGUGCGAUGGAAUUACAAUCGACGGCGUCUAUUACGACAAGGAGGUCCUGAAGACAGAUCUAGAUCGACCGUAUUCUUUAGUCGUGGACUUCGGCACUAACGUUCUUUAUUUCAGUUAUAACCUUUAUCAUACCGAUGACAUCUUCAAAACUGCCAAGAUCAAUCUUGACACGAAGGAUUUCGCAAAACUGGACGGAGUAGAGAACGGUUUCGGACAGACAGUCGAUCAGACAAAUCACGUCCUUUACAUUGGCACCUCAAAAGGCAUCUACAAAUAUAAUAACACAGAUAAUACAGCCAAACUGUACGCAGCGCACGACACAGAUAUAGGGGACGUAUACUUUAAGGAUGAGUUGUACUAUUCUGAGUUUCCUUCGCUAUUUGUGUACACAGUGAAGGAUGGUCAAACAGAACGUUUUAAAGAUCUAGAAGAGACCCAAGUAACACAUUUCGCUAUUGAUGACGAAGAAGAUAUGUUUUACGUUAAUUCAACCGGUCUGUACAGUCAGAAAAAAAAUACAAAAGACUCAGUUCUAUACAAAGAGAUGAAUUAUGGGGAAGGUUUUAGGGGGAUAACGACUGAUGUGAAUGGAAAGGUUUAUAUUUGUUUUUCUGAUGGGAUAUAUAAGGUUAAUAAACAUACAACCACUGUCGAGAAAAUGGUUGACGUGGACGAUGCGUUUGGAGCUGCUUUCGACGGUAACAAUAAUAUUGUUUAUGCUAACUCUACAUCGUUGAUUUAUCUCAAAGCUAGCGAGAAUAAAAAUUGUUAA